CUUCCAUUCGUGCUUUCAAUAUUUUCGUUUGAUAAAUGCCUGGGCAAACUGAACGGUGCCCUUUCGUUUGCAGGAAGAAGUCUGCGCCCGUUGACGAUACAUGCCAGGCUCGUCGUCGUGAGUUUGCCGGCAUCGUGAUCGAUGCGAUGUCACCGUGACCGAGCGUUGCACGGCGCUGAAAAACAGUGACAUUGCCAGAGCGUCGACGUUCAAAGCAUGGUUCGACUGUGCUCGGUGCCGAGCGAAGACUCCUGGGUCCUGCUGAGAAAAUUGGACAAUAAUGUUUCCAAAUUUCUGGUUUCUGACAUCUAAAGUGCCGAGGUGCCUGACGCUCUCCAUGACGCUACUCGCGCUGUUGGACGCAGCCCGCUGUCUGAUCUUCGGAGACCGGCCGAUGUCUGCCUGCUACGGGGACCUCGGCUGCCUCAACUUGACGGGCUUCUACGACCCAAAAGUGCGCUUCGUGAACGCUAUGCCGUGGCCGCGAGCGAAGAUUGGCACUCACUUUCAGCUGUACACACGCCGCAAGCCCGACAUGCCGGACAUCUUCGCGUGGAACGUCACCGCUGACCAGCUGCGCGCCUCGGCCUUCGACCCGCGCAUCGAGACGAAACUGUUCGCCCACGGUUUUCUGCAAGUCGCGAAAGUUCCCGAUUUUCCGAUGAGGGCCGUGAAAGAUGCUCUCCUGCAACUGGGGGACUUCAACGUGGUCCUGGUAGACUGGGCGAGCGGAAGCAAGUACGAAUACGCCCAGGCGACGGCCAACACUCGCGUGGUCGGGCUCGAGAUCGCUCGGUUUAUCAGCCUACUCCAGGAAGCGUUCGGAGUCACCCCGAACAGGUUUCACGUGUUCGGUCACAGCCUGGGCUCUCAUAUAGCUGGCUACGCCGGACAAAAGCUGCGAAGGCUCGGGAGAAUUACAGGUCUAGAUCCGGCCGAGCCAUUCUUCGAGGGCAUGUCUCCCUUAGUACGGCUGGACCCGAGCGACGCCAUUUUUGUUGACGCCAUUCACACCGACGGAAAACGUUUUAUGAUUCCUCUGCCUGCGGUUGGCCUUGGCAUGAUCGAUCCAGUGGCGCACAUCGACUUCUACCCCAAUGGCGGCGUCACACAGCCCGGGUGCGAAAAGAUCGUCAAGAACUUUUCACUCAAGAAGGGAGCCUGGCAAGGCUUUCGGGAAUCUCUGACGUGCCGCCACGAGCGAGCCAACCAGUUCGUGGCCGAGGCACUGGUGACUGAGGCGAGUCGUGACUUGGGACAGUGCGCGUUCGUCGCCUAUGCCUGCGCCAGCUACGAGCUGUUCCUGUCGGGAAAGUGCGCAGACUGCGGUCCUGAUGGGACCGGGUGCGCCGUGAUGGGCCUCUCGUCCAUCACGUCACGGCCUCGGCAGGGGACGGUCAAGAUGUACAUCCAGACGAACCAGGAGGCCCCUUUCUGCCUGUACCACUAUCACAUAGUUGUAUAUGUGGGUCGACUACCUUCUCCGGUAUCUGGGAAAUUGCGCCUUCAACUGACUGGACAAGAAGGACAAGCAAGCUUGACGUUGAGUAAAACGCAGGAAUACUUCUCUUCAGGCUCCCGGCUCACGUACCUGUCCACAACUCGUACGAGAGUCGGUGGCAUACUGGAAGGUGCGAUAAAUGUGCUUUCUGCCGGCAAAGGUUACAGCGGCGAGCUCGCGAUCCAGAGAGUGGACGUGUCCCUGAUGAACAACAUCGCCGUGGCCAGGUACAAGAAAAGAACCGUAAUACCUCUCAUUACGACAGUGAACAACGGCGCCCAGAUAAUGCUGUCUAGAUGCAACACGUAAUGAGCCAGAAAGCGUGCGAUGCGCAUGCCACACUGUAAACUAGUUUACACCCCUAAAAUA